AUGCGAGUCCAACUUCCGGCAGUCGUGCUGUCAUUUGCUGCCUUGGUCUGCGCCCAGAUCAAUGGCCUGAGUUUCGAUGGCGGAGAAGUUGUGAGCCUUCUUUGGGGCUUGGAUAGUGAAGAGCCUUCAAAUUAUGACUUCUAUCUUUGCGCUGGCGACGAAACUACAGAUUCAUAUGAUUCUCUAUCCAAAGUCAUUGAGAAUGGCGCCUAUUCUUCCGGGGAUAGCGUCUCUUUCCGAGUCGACCAAAGUAUUGGUGGGAACGACCCUGAUGCAUACUUCCUCAAAGUGGUUUCUACAGACUCUCAAGGGUACUGGUCCGGAUUCACAUCUCAUUUCACCCUGCGAAACAUGAAAGGCUCCUUUUCCCCCAAAGUCAUGGACGCAAUCAAGACAAUGAAACUGAAGCCCCAUACUGCAAUCCCCUGGCCUAUAGUCCAGGAUGAUCACCUACUCGAGGAGAAAGUUCCUCCAACCUUCAACAUCUCGAGUCUAAGCGUUCCAUCGACUGGGACCCUCUUGCAGUUCCCGACACCGACGGUGGACAGUGAAACUGACCACAAUGAGUUGCGGAGACGACAAGUGAUGGCGAUCGGCGGUGUUGGAGCUGCCGCCGUUGCAGCCGCCGCUGUUGACCAGCACACUGUCCCAUUCGGCGAGCAGACUGGCCUAACGAAGUAUGCCCCCAUGCCCAAGAGGGCUGGGUCAACUAUUGCAACUAGAUCAGCUACUCCUCAGUAUCCGCCUUUCCCAUUCUCAAUUGCUACUGCCUAUCUUGGGGCUCCAACAAUUCAGUACACGGAAAUGGCCUAUGCUACGUGGACAGCAAACAGCAUUGAGAACACGGCUGCUCCUGCUGCUCAGCCCACCUUAGACAAGAGAAUGCAAAAAUGGCUCGACCGCUGGAAGGACUGA